GGUGCGUGGGUCGCGGGGUGCUUCCGAACAGAAUGGGCUGGGGGCGGCGCUUCUCACCUCUCGUGGCACACGGAGGCGACCGCUGGGCGAGUGCGGCGGCUGGAGCAUGGGGUACAGGUUCCUGGUGACUGUGCGGAUUCGGGAACGCGCAGAUCGCCCACCCCGAGUGAAGGCUUUCGUGGUGCGGUUCCCGCGAUCUUCGCGACACGGGUCAGCGAGCCGCGCACUGGCUGUCGUGGCCCUGGUUUUGAUGCUAAGGAGGAGCCAGCGCAGAGGGCGGCCGCUGCACGCUGGACCAGGUGAUGAUGAUGGGCAACGCCCAAGUAGCCAGAUUGCUGCUGCUCUACGGUGCGGAUCCGAACUGCGAGGAUCCAGCCACCCUCACCCGACCCGUGCACGAUGCAGCGCGGGAGGGCUUCUUGGACACCCUGGUAGUACUGCACCAGGCGGGAGCGCAGCUGGAUGUGCCUGAUGCCUGGGGUCUCCUGCCGAUAGACCUGGCCCUGGAAUGGGGUCAUGUCGAUGUCGCGUAUUAUCUGCUUAUAGCUCAGAACAUACAGCAAGCAUAGCUUCUGCUCAAGCACCCCCAGACCACCCCUAAAGUCUGGCUAAGUUCCUCAUCUCACUCGUCCAGUUCUCUCCCUUGGAUCCACGUCUGGAAAAAAGAACGGCGCUUGGCUGGUCCCGAUUCGCGUCUGUGAUUCUAGCGUGUGAGAGGCUGGGCUCGAGCACUUUGCUUUACAAGGAAAUAAAAGGAAAUAAUACCUUUUAAA